AGACUAUACACAUGUGCUUCCAUAUAUUAUUUAUAUUUGAUAGAUGAAUGAAAUGUUAUUUAUUUUACAGGGUUCUCUAUGUUUGGCAUUCCUUUUAUACUCUUUCUAACAGGGUUGGUGUCAACUAGCUAGUUCAACUCAAUGGUUUAUAUACCGGUUUAUUUUCUUUUCAAGUUCCGAUGUGGGAUACUCUUUAACACUCCACCUCAAGUGGACAACCGGGCCAUUUUGAAUCUAACCGGUUGACCACUUGCAAAUGGACUCCCAUCCCAUUGAUUUUUUUUAGCGCCAACACCUAAAGGACCACGAGCUGCUGGGUAUGGACUUCCAGACGAGCAAUCGUGUUAAACGGGUCACAUGCCAUUGGGUACAUACUCCAUACGGACAAAUGGGCUAAACACUAACGGGCCGCUAGGAAUGAACGUCUAGACAGACACCUUGACAGACCAGAUGGGAAUCCUAACUAAACAAGGAAAGGGAAUCCCUAUACAAGAGGUGUCGACAGGUGAGACUGAGACCUCUAAAGAUCGAGGAGGAGAGAACAAACACCUCAAAUCAAGGUACCUUGUUGAGUCCGCGAAGCUAAAGGGAAAG